CACUGCACCGAACAGAUCGUUCGCUCCUGGUUCGCUCAAAAAAAAAAAAGAGAUCGUUCGCUCCUGGCUGCUGGCGCUGGCGGAUAGGCGACUACCUUCAGAUCUUCCUCUUCCCCCUCUCCCGGAUUCAAAAUUUUCGGUGGCCAUCUCUCUCCCCACCCUGCUGCCGACCCACCUCCAUGCCCAAACCCUAGGCCCCCCUCUCCUCCCCCGGCCACCUCCGCGACCACCGGCAGCCGGCCAUGGAGGGCCUCUUCAUGCAGGUCUUCGAGCGCCGGGACUGGGUCACCGGGCAGAUGCGCCAGCAGGUCGACUCCCACGCCGAGUCCCUCGCCUGCGCCUUCCUCGCUGCCGGCCACCGCCCCCCACCGUGGCUCCUCCCCUCCUGCGCCGCCGGUCUGCAAGAGCUAAAUGGCAAACCUAUUGUUCCGGGUUUACUUUUCGCUGGAAGCCAGAUUACUACACCAGCAACGAACAGAACCUUCUUUCAGCCACGAGUUGUUCCUAGCAUUUCACUCAGAAAUGUGGGGGUUCCAAAUGGAUAUGCUGGUCUAGACUCUAUUUGUGACACCGUGGAUACUAACCAACAUGAAGUGCCUCAGCAAAAGCAGGUUUCAGUUGACCAGGAGAUAUUUGAGCCUAGUUCUGAAGUCAACAUGUUCUCUGUGGUAAAGCGUUCCAGGUCAAGGCAGCGGCAUAUUGAAGAUCGGUCGCGUGAGAAGGGUCAAGCGACAAAUAGUGGAAUCAGGGAUGUUAUGCAAGACAGGAUGCAGAGGUCUGAACUUGCAACUGCAGGUUCGAACAAAACAACUGCAUCAUUAUCCUCCAAACCAUGUGGUGACGGUGAAAACAAUGCUGGAACAACGACCUCUUUGCCAGGUCUGGAGAAAGGUUUUUAUGCCAAUCAGGAUAGAUCAACUGAAUUCGUCAAGUGCAGUAAAGAUGGUGAUCUUGGAAAUCAAGGAGUUAAGUUAGAUUGUUCUCAAAAUCAGAUUGUCAAUUCUGAUAAUAAUGUCAAGGUUUCUGUUAGAAGUUCUUUUGGAGUGCAAGUUACAGGCUCUGUGUGCCAUGCACUCCCUGAAACUUAUCUGUCGGUUGAGCCGAAAAAACUUCAAUUCGAUGGUGUUGAAUCAGUUUGCAUGAAUCCUGCAAGUGAACAGACGAUGCAGCAACCAGUAUGUGCCCUGGAAGGUGCCAAUCUUGAUCUUGCUGAGGCACAUCCCUUUAAUGAAGACCCGUCUUCUACCAGCUAUUCUCAAGUUCCUCAGGAGCGACAUCUGUUGGCCAGAACAUCUUUAGAAUUCAAGGAGACCGAUGCGGAGACUCCCUUGGGCCCCACUUCCCCGGUUACACAAAACGAGACGCUCAAUGGAAAGGCAGCAUAUGAUGCGGUCAACUGCCAUUCAGGAAAGCUGGGCGAUGUUCAGAUAAAAUUAUCAGCUUUGACCAAAGCAUGCAACAUUUCUGUCAGCAACAAAAAGGACGAGUCUGCAGUGCCAGAAGUUAUGAGCAGUGUUUCAGCUAGAAGAACCAGCGAAAUGCACUCAACUGAAAGGAACAGUAUGACUUCAGCCGAAGAUCUGCAACCAGAUGGAACAGAACAAGACACCUCUCUUAUUGAGAAUGCUGUUAAAGAAAAUGUUAAUUCAUGUACAGCAGAAAACGAUAAACGGAAAUCUCCACAACCUUCUGUUCAAUACUUCUUACCUAGUGCAUCACAUGAGAAAAAUAUUCUACUCGAGUCAGACAGAAGCAGUGCUGCUUGUGACCAGAAGAGGUCAGUACAAGAUGGAGUUGAAGUAAGUGAUAGUUUGUCAUCUAAAAGGAGAAGAAUAAGGCACCGGUCAGACUUUGACCUUUCCGGGACUCCUUGCACAAAUUCAUUGUCUCUGAACCACCAACUUGACAUUUCUAGCCAUAUGUUAACCGCGACAAAUUUCUCAGAGAAAUCCCAUCCUUCAGGUCCUUACUUCACAAGGAGUUCAGGAUCCUGCAAGAGCAUGUCUCUGGUGUCAGAGGGGGGGAAUGCUGCAAGUGAUGUUUAUGGAAAUGGGAAUUCUUCACGUGGAAGAAGAAAUACAACUAGCCUAUUAAGUGGCGUCCUUGAUAAAUCUCUCCUACCGCAAGCACCAGCAGGAGUGCAUUGGAAGGACGGGUCUUCAAAAAUUCUCAAGAACAGAAACAAAAUAAGUUGGAAGUGGAGUUUCUGACAACUGCUGCUUUGCCUUAUUGCUCUGGCAUCCUAUCUCGUAAUGAGGAAAACUGCACACAGCAGGAAGGUACUUGCUUUGAAGGUCAGAACCUAAAUGUCACGGCUGCGAGUGUGGCAGACCAGGAAAUGGCUCCUGAGAUGGAUGACUUAUCAUCUCCAAUUGCAAUAUUACAUCAAGAAAAUUAUUCUGGAACAGAACUGUUUACUCGAUUCCCGAGUUAUGAACAAGCAUCUGCUCCUAAUGCACUGUUUCAUGAGAAAUUAUGGUAUGACUCGAAUGAAUGUGUUAGGAAAUAUAAAAGUUAUGAUCCAAAGGGACAAUUGGGUGAUGAAUCUUUUGAUUGUG